AUGAGACAAGGUGGAAACUCUUCAACUGAAGUCAGCAUUGUCCCAAUUGAUUCUGAGAAGCCAAAACAGGUAAAUUUAUAUCAAAUUUCUGCCAGAAAAUCAAGAUGGGAAGACGGAGAUUCAUUCAGAGUAAGCAAAAGAAAUUCUGAGCUCGUUAACACAAGUAAGGGUAUUCAAUAUUCCAGAUGAAGUAUUGAUAAAACAUUCACCCCUCCACCAUUAACACAUAUACCUGAAUUUUUAACAAAAGACCAGCUUGAACUUAUACUCAGACAAGCAAGAAUUGAAGACAUUUCACGUAGACUUACAGCAAAUGACUAUGAGAUUCAAGAUAUUGAAAUCAGAUCACCUUCUCCAGAACCUAUUUACGAUCCUAAAACAGGCCAAAGAGUAAACACUCGCGAAUCAAGAGCUAAAGAAAAACUUCUUAAAGAAAGAAACUUGUGUAUAGAAGAAUGCUUAAAAAUUGAUCCACAAUAUAAGCCGCCUGCAGAUUAUAAACCACCUAAAGCUAUGAGGAAAUUAUAUAUUCCUCAAUAUGGAACCGCUCCUCCACAAAGCUAUGUAACUUUAAUAUUAUUCUUAUUUGAAUUAUAUAGCUUGUUUUUUUAAAAUAAAUAAGAUUUCACAAAAUUGAUAUAAAUAGGUAUAGGGCCUCGCGGAAAAACGCAAAAAGCACUUGAAAAGAAAACUAAUUGUAAAAUUUAUAUACGUGGCAAAGGUGCUUCAAGAGGAAAAAACUAUAAUUUUGAAAGCGAAGAAGAGCCAAUGCACGUUUUAA